AUGGAGGGGUCGGCGGAGCCUCGACUGCUCUGCGCUUUCCUCCUGCCCCUCGCCCUCUCCGCCGCUGCCCAAGGAAUUGCUUGUAAGCCAGGAUGUCACCCUACAAAUGGAUUCUGUGCCAACCCCAAUGAGUGCAGAUGUCAACCAGGAUGGAGGGGCCCUCUCUGCACCGAAUGCAUUCCCUUUCCAGGGUGCCUGCACGGCGGAUGUACCCUCCCCUGGCAGUGUGUCUGUCAAGAAGGCUGGGUUGGAAGUCUGUGUGACAUAGAUACUCACCCUUGCUCUGCAACGCCCUGCACCAACAACUCCACCUGCAUCGAGACAGGAGAUGGUGGCUAUGUCUGCUUGUGUGGCCCAGGGUUUACAGGGAAAAACUGCCAUCUUAGGAAAGGGCCCUGUAUUAUUAAUGGCUCUCCCUGCCAGAACGGCGGUGCCUGCGUGGACGGCGACGGCUCGGCCCCCCACGCCUCCUGCCUGUGCCCCAGUGGCUUCACCGGUCAUUUCUGUGAGCUUGACGCUGAUGACUGCCACCCCAACCCGUGCGCCCACGGCGGUGCCUGCACCGACAUCGGCCGGGACUUCCGCUGCCAUUGCCCCACCGGCUUCACGGGCAAGUCCUGUGGCCGCCGGCUCCCAGCCUGCCUGGACUCUGUGGGCGGGCCCAGACUCGAGUGUGUCUGCCCCCAUGGCCUCUCCGGCCCGACGUGCGCCCACUUUGGCCACAACUCCACUGGGCCAUCCAGGAGCCUGGAACGUGGGGAAGGGCCCGGAGACCCUCCGGCCCAGGAGGCCCUCCGUGGGGCAUCUGGCCAUCACCAGGAGCGCCGCGUCCUGAAGAUCUCCCUGAAGGAGGUGAUUCGACACGCAGACCCGUGGCUCAGCCACAGCCAGGUGACCUGCCUCAUCGUCCUCGGUUUACUGACCUGCCUGGUGGUGCUGGGGACAACAGCUAUCGUCUUUUACUCCAAGUGUGAGACGUGGCUCGCCAACGCCAAGUACAGCCGCCUCUUGCGCAAGAAGAAGCGCCGCCUAAUGACUUCGAACAAUGGCGAGACUCUCUCCGUCAACAUCAUAUUCCCAGAAAAGGUCAAAUUGACUAGCUACAGCACGUGCUCCGCUGCCAUGUAAUCACCCCCAGUCCCGGCCACAGUCUAUGCCAAGGAGAGUGCCCCCAGGAGCUUGCAGUGGCUUCUUCUCCCAUUUGUGUUUUCCCGGCUGUGUUUCUGUGCCAAGUGACGGUAGUCAUCUCACGUUUGUGUCGCUGAAUACCAUUUCACUUCCUGACACAGAAGGUCAAAGAACCAGUCCAAGUAGAGUGUGAAAAUGAUGAAUUUGAUUUUUGGAAAGGCAGCUAUCUUUUGUAAAAUAAACGUUCCCACCAAAGCUUGUUUGAAUUCCUGCUUCGACAGCACUUGUAAAGUAGAUGUGGAGUCCUGUUUUAAUAAA